AUGUCAGUGCCAAAAGAUAGACUCCCUCUUCGAAUGAUCAGUACUGUAGUUCGUGGUUUCCAACGUGGAAGCACGGACCUUGGCAUUCCAACUGCCAAUUUAGAUCGAGAGUCUGGCAAGUUUGGAGGUGGCAGUUUUGACGAUUUGCCAACGGGCAUCUAUUGGGGAUUCUGUAGAAUUGGAGAGGGCGAAGAGUCGUUUGUCUACAAGACAGCCUGCUCCAUAGGCUACAAUCCCACUUACAAUAAUACAUUGAAAACAGUCGAACCACAUCUGAUAGCUCCGGAAACUGACCAACGUCGCCAUGCAUCCACUUGUGGAGAAACUGUCUUGGGUGAAUUCUAUGGACAAACGAUCCGAUUGUCACUGGUAGGGUAUCUGCGACCAGAGCUACCAUUUGAAGGGCUUGAAAAGCUGGUUGCUGCCAUUAAGAAGGACAUUUCCGAUUCAGUAGCCUUAGGGGAUGGCGCGGAUGAAUUGACCCUAAAGGAAAAGUCUUGGGUAGCUUCCAAGGAGGAUAUAUAG